AGUAAACCUUUGCUCGAAGCCUCGAACUUAUAGUGCUUAAUCGCGUUUACCUCACGUCUUCUUCAGUCAGAGCGAAGAAGAUUCAAAGCGAGGCACGAGCGAUUUCGACUUGCUUCAUCGCCAGCAGAUGGCUCGUUGCUUCGAAAUGAAUUAUGCGGCUGCAGCUGGCAUCAGCUGCUACCGCCAUGAAAAUUUCAUGAUGGAUGGUUUCUUAAAGAAAGAAAAUUAAUGAAGAAACGAGAAAGAGAGAGAGGGAGGCGCGCUCAAAUGGGGGGAAGUAUGAACGGUUCAGUGAUGGGAUGUGGGAACGUGGUGCGCGCGCAGGACGACGACGAGGACGAGGGCUACGGGGGAUGAGGAGUGAGGAGGACGUGUCUUCUUCUUCUAGUCACGCGACGCGGUCGGCUUUCCUCUCCCUCUCUCCUCGUGGUCUCCCUCUCCGUCUCCUUUCACUCCGCUUUUGUCUGCUUUCCUCCCCUCGCUACAGGGAUUGGUCGCUCUCUCUUCCCCCACCUCCUUUUACCCCCACCUUCUCUCCCUCUCUCUCUUUAAGUGGGUGCACUCCUUCGUUCCCCCUCCUCUCUCUCUGUCCUUAUCUGAUCUUGUUACCUUCAUUCUGCUCUUCUGUAAACCCGUUCUGUCUUCUUUUUUUUUUGUGGAGCUACUCCUUGUUCCGGGACAGGGUUCUCUACUGACUCUACCCCUUGCUUCUGUUCUUCUUCCUCUUGGUUCUUGGUUUCUACUUUCUCGUAUGUCAUCAUCUCUUUUCUCGAGGAGUUUUGUGGGUUAAAUCGUGCUUGGAGCUCGAAGUUGCUUGUUUUGUAACCGGCGGGUUUGAUCUUGGCGUUUUUUUCUCUUGUUUAACUCCGGAAAUUUUUGCUGCCGUUUCCCGUUCGUCUGUUACCAUCUAACCUGGAGGUCGAGCUCGAGGUGGAGCUCGUCUUCUUUUAGGGGUCUUUGCUUGGUAGCUGCCAAGAACUUUUGUUGCAACGGCAGGAAGGGAAGCAAGGUUUUUCGGGAUGAUUGGCCGGAAGAAGUUUGGCCGCGGUGGUUGUGAUCCGAGUUCAGGUGAGCUAAUAAUCCCCCUGGUUGAUGCUCAAUUUUGAAUCUUUUGGUCUUAAGCAGAAGUUUUCGAGGUGGGGAGGAAGGAAUGGUCACGGAGGCGUCCUGGUUCCGCCUCGCCGGGCUCAAUCAUGUGGCUAGCGCUCUAAGAACGCCGUGGAAGAAGAGGCAUGGCGGAGAGAAGGCGGUCGUCGGAGUGCUGGCCUUUGAGGUGGCCAGCCUCAUGUCCAAGAUCGUCCAUCUCUGGAACUCCUUGUCGGAGAAGCAGAUCGUUGGGCUCAGGGACGAGCUGCUGGCCCUAGAAGGCGUCAAGAAGCUCGUCUCUGAAAAUGAGGAGUAUCUCUUAGGCCUCGCCUGUGCUGAGAUGAUCGAUAAUUUGGCGUUUGUAGUUCGAUCAAUCUCCUUGCUAGGGAAGAAGUGUACCGACGUCGCCCUACAGGGGUUCGAGCACGUCUUCGAUGAUCUCGUCAAGAAUGGUGUCGAUCUCUGCAACUGGGAGUACACAUUGAAGAAGAUGGAGAAGAAGGCGAAGAAGAUGGAAAGGCUGAUUUCUCUCACGGCUAACCUCUACCAAGAAUUGGAGGUCCUGUCCGAGCUCGAACAAGGAACGCGGAGGACGCCGGGAAUGGAUGAUCCCAACAGGGGAAACACGCCCGAGUGCCAGAGGAAGGUUCAGUGGCAGAGGCAAGUGGUCAAGUAUUUGAAGGAGAGCUCAUUAUGGAACAAGACCUUUGACGUGAUCGUGAAGCUUCUGGCGAGGUCGGCCGUGACGACUCUGAUGAGGAUCAGGGAGGUAUUUGGACUCGGCGACUACAAUCUCCUGAAUCCUUUUCUCGCUUCGAGAUCAGAUGAUCCUCUAGCCUCCGGUUCAUAUCAUCGCAGUGUCUCUGUGUCUGCAAUAGCGCCAUUGUGGUUCUCUUCAGAGAUCAAUUGGGCAAGGUUUUCUUCCGGCCCUCUCGGAAAGGCGGUCGCGAGAUCCGGGCCGCUGCCUGGUUCCAGGUUGAGUGUUGAGCAGCAGCAUCGCAACCAGAAGGAACACAGAUAUUUCUUUAGUCCUGCGACCAAGAAUCUUGCUCCAAGCAGACCUUUCAGAGGGUGUGUUAGUGGGGGGAUCGAUACCUUGUCGAUGGCCAGUGAUUGUGGGAGUCCCCUUCCCAAUGCUAGAGCUUGCAAUGGCUCUCAGGUUAGAGAGAAAGAUGGCCAUUUUGGCUUCCAGAGCACGGGUAAUUGCCUUUCUAUCUUCAGUUCCAAGAGGAAGUUGCUGAGCCCUCCUCCAUCGAGUCUUGGUGGUGCUGCUCUUGCGCUGCACUAUGCAAAUGUUAUUAUUCUGAUAGAGAAAAUGGCGCAAUCCCCACAUCUGAUAGGGCCGGACGCAAGGAACGAUCUGUACAGCAUGCUUCCCUCAAGCGUAAGAGUUUCUCUGAGGUCGAGGCUAAAAUCUUAUGCCAACAAUCUGAUCACCUCGGUGUAUGAUCCUCCUCUUGCUGCAGAGUGGCGGGACGCUUUGGCGAGGAUAAUAGGAUGGCUGGCGCCACUGGCUCACAACAUGAUCAAGUGGCAGUCGGAACGCAGCUUUGAGCAACAACAUAUUUGUUCCAAGACAAAUGUUCUGCUUCUGCAGACGCUCUAUUUUGCAGAUAAGGAGAAGACUGAGUCUGCCAUUACUGAGCUUCUUGUUGGUUUGAAUUAUCUUUGGAGGUUUCAGAGGGAACUAAAUGCAAAAGCUUUGAUAGAGUGCAUGAGCAAUGGAAGCUUUGAUGACACCAUGGACUCGAAGGCAUAAUGAGUUCCGCAGUUUGAAAAGUCUUGAGUUUAAAGGGUUUGCCUCGUUUUGUCAUCUUCCACUUUGUUUUCCAAAAGCUGCAUUACAUUGGCCCUGAUGAAGCUUCUGCAGUUACUUGGAUGAUAAAAUUGUUCUGUGAGAACUGCUAGAAGCUCCAACACGCGACUGGCUCUUUCUUCCUACUAUAGAGGGGUUGAGCACAGAGCCAUUGAAGUUGAAUAUGUUCCUUGGUUAACCGCCAAGGAGGGCCGGACACUGUAUCAUAAAAUGAUUUGUUUGUCGUUGUGAAUAGCCAACAAAUCACUUGGAGAUGUGUUUUAGGAUCUGUGACGUGAAUUGACGUCCAAAAUUUGAAGGGGGGUUUGAGGAAAGAAUUUUCAUCCUGGUAGCUGCACAUAGACGUACUGUUAAGAGUGGGAAAGACGAAGAAAAGUGUUCUUCUGGGGCAACUGAUCUCGAUGGUAUGAAAUGAAACACGUUGUACCGUAAGAGCGAGAAAGAUGAACAAGAGUAUGCUUCUAGAGCAACUCUGCUUGUCUGCUGAUCUCGAUGGGAUGAAAUGAAACAAGCCACAAUCCGAGUUUUCCUGUCAACUUUUGCCCAUUACUUUGGCAGGCUUAGUCCCUGUCAGUUGCAGAUUAUGCUUGAAUUCAUAGUUUCUAGCUCCAACUGCCAUGAUUGUAAAAGAAUUGCGUUGCUCAAAUUUGUUGAUUCACUGGAAAGUUCGUUACAUUAAAGAAAAGAAUUUCUUUCUGAUUACAAAGUAGUAAGAACAUGUUCUCAAGGCUCUAUGAUUGUCUUGUUUUUCUUCAAUAUACUGCAGUUGCAGAUUACUACAAAAA